AUGAAGGCUUCUCUCUCCAUCGCCGCCCUUACGGCGCUCGCUGCCACCGCCGAGGCCGAGAACUGGUUGGGCUUCAACUCGGGUGCCACCAAGGCCGACCGCUCCGCCAAGUUCAAGGCCGACUUCGAGGCCGAGUUCAAGACGGCCCAGAACCUCGUGGGUGCCCCCGGCGACUUCAACGCCGUCCGCCUCUACACCAACAUCCAGGCCUACUCCACCCAAGACCCCAUCGAGGCCUUCGAGGCCGCCAUCGAGACCAAGACGUACAUCCUGCUCGGCGUCUGGACCUCGGGCACCGACAACAUCGACAAGGAGAUCAACGCCCUGAAGACGGCCGUCACCAAGUACGGCACCAAGCUGACCGACCUCAUCAUCGGCGCCUCCAUCGGCUCCGAGGACCUCUACCGCAACUCCGUCACUGGCGUCAAGAACAAGUCGGGUGUCGGUGCCGACCCCAAGACCCUCGUUGGCUUCAUCAACGACUUCAAGACCGCCUUCAAGGACACCCCUCUGUCCAAGGUCUCCAUCGGCCACGUUGACACCUGGGAUGUCUGGGGAAACAGCACUAACAAGCCCGUCCUCGAUGCCGUUGACUGGGUCGGUGUUGACGAGUACCCCUACUACGAGAACGACAAGGGCAACGACAUCAAGAACGCCGGCGCCCUCUUCGACAAGGCCUACGAGGCCACCAUCGCCACCGCCGGCGGCAAGCCCGUCUGGGUCACCGAGACCGGCUGGCCCGUUACUGGCGAGACUUGGGACGAGGCCGUCCCCAGCAAGGCCAACGCCAAGAAGUACUGGGACGAGGUCGGUUGCCGCAAGCUGUUCAACAAGGUCCCCACCUUCUGGUACAACCUCCGCGACUCCAACCCCGACAACGAGAUGAAGUUCGCCAUUACCCAGGACCUAGAGAAAGAUUUACGGGAGUGCGUGCUUUGGGUAAAAUUCUAG